UCUCUCUCUGUCUAGUUUCUUUUCCUUAGUCUCUUGCUAAAGUUCUCUGGGUGUUAUUGCCAGAAUUCUGCGCCAGUCAUCUGCCACAAGUGUACGAAAUGUACACUACAACCUAGUUAGCUACUUAGUACUAACUAUGCCCGACAACAGGGCAUUGAUUGGCAUGUAAAAUCAUUUAACAAGACAGGAAAUGAUGAUGAGAGCAAUACGAGUAAUAAAAAUAGUAAUAACGUAUCAAACAGUUUUCCAUAUAAAGAACUUGGGCUUUGAUUGGAAAAGUACAUAGAUCGACUUAGAGAUUAUCAGAUAACACUGAUCAACCGAUGACGCAGCACAUCUGAUGAGCGGCGGAAUUUCCUCGUUUUCUUUCCUCUGUCUUACUUCCUUUCAUUCUAUGCCCAAUAACCACCGGAUAAUCCACCGGAUACCUCACGCUCUAGUCUCUUCCCCCCGUAAUCUUUGACUCAAGUCCAAUCCACCCUCGUUAUCUCUCACCAGAAACUGCAUGUAAACAAGGUCGCGUCCCAAGACAUGCUACUUCCUCGCGUGAGGACCACCGGCAUUCUACUCCGGACCACGCACCCGCACACUCAACAUUGGAACCACACUCGCCCAACAUCAUACACCUGUACAGCUUCGUUCUCAACAUCUCCAACCAGACCCGCCACGCCUCAUGAACCGAACCACUAUGAAGUCCUCGAUGUGCCCAUAACGGCGUCACCGGCCGAGAUCAAAAAAAAAUUCUACGCCCUCUCCCUCCGCCACCACCCAGACCACAAUCGCAACGACCCAAAGGCCUCAUCGCGCUUCGCCCGCAUCUCCUCUGCCUACGACAUCCUCAGCAACCAUACCAAACGCGCCGCCUACGACCGCGAACAUGGCAUAUUAGCACACCACUCCUCAACACAUAGCACCGCCAACCCUGGCCAACACCCCAUGGGUAGUCACAGCAGCUACGGCGCAAAUCUGCACACGAAAGGGGCGUCAUAUGCCGGGUCACGGCCAGCGAGCGGGCUGAGUAAACGGCGGGGGCAGUUUCGGGGACCCCCGCCGAGUUUCUAUGCGCAUGGGGGGUACGGGAAUAGGAGGGCUCCAGGGGGGGGGCCAUCGUCUUCAACUGCGGGCGGUUGGAGCGAGGAGGAUCCGACGGCGUUUAUUUUUCGGAACCCGGUGAACCAUUUUAAUGCGCAGGGGCAUUAUAAGACGCAGACGGCGGAGGAUGCGAGGCGGCAGGAGAGAAGGUCGAAGGCGAUGGGCGCAGCGCUGAAUGAGCAGUACAUUGGGAGUCGGGGGGAUUUUGCUGUGCGGUUUAUUAUCGUCUGCGGGAUUCUGGUGGGUGCUGGUUCUAUGACGGGGCUCAUUGGUUGGCCUGGGGAACGUAGUAGUAAGGCGAGUACAAGUAGUAAACCUGCUCGGCGGAAAGAAGAGUGAGCUGCUGGUGUUCUGUGGUUUGGUUGAUAUAUACAGUUUGGUCUUCCUAAUUCCUCAUGUACAUUACCUUUGGGAGCUAGAGACGUAAAUUCAAAUAGACUUUAUUUCCCCAGAUUAAAUCGUGCACGGUCGUGGUUCCCCCCGGAUCACCGCAGAUAUAUUACCCCCU